AUGGAUUCCGAUACCUCUGCUCCCUCAGUCUCCUACCCCAUCAUCGACUCCCACAUCCAUCUCUUUCCCAAAAGCGAGAUCGAUACCCUCGCCUGGAAUACUCCCUCUAACCCUCUAUACAAACAACAAUCUCUCGAUGAAUACACAGCUGCUACAGCUUCUGCUCCUUCGCUCGAAGGAUUUAUAUUCGUCGAGACAGACCGGAAGAAUGAUUUGGACCGUGGGGAAUCAGAUGGUUCGGGAUGGGAAAUGCCCCUUAAGGAGGUAUCAUGGCUUAAACGAAUAGCAUUAGGCCAACCCCUCGAAGGUGAAGGACAUUCUGCCGAAAAUGCGAAGCUUUGUAAGGCUAUUAUACCAUGGGCGCCGAUGCCGAGUGGAGAGAAGACGUUGGAGAAAUAUGUGAAGGAGGUAGAGAGGGAGGCGGAAGGAAGUUGGGGAUUGGUGAAGGGAUUUAGGUAUUUGGUGCAGGAGAAGGAGAAGGGGACUAUGCUUUCGGAUGGGUUUAUAGAGGGGUUGAGGUGGCUUGGGAGGAAGGGGUUUGUGUUUGAUUUGGGGGUCGAUUUACAUUCUGGGGGGAAAUGGCAAUUGGAGGAAGCGGUGGAAAUGAUGAAAAAGGCCCAUGAGGGAGUUGAGGAAGGGGAGAAAGUCACGGUCAUAAUUAACCACCUCUGCAAACCCGACUUCUCAAUCUACAAUACCCAAACCGAUCCAUCUUUUAUCGCCUGGCGCACCGCCAUGUUCAAACUCAGCAAAUUCAGCAACACAUACAUGAAACUCAGCGGAUGUUUUUCCGAAAUGCCUGAUUCUUUGAAGAAAGCUCCUAUAGAUGAGAUUGUCAUGGCACUACAACCAUAUUUAGCAGUGAUUCUUGCUACAUUUAGUUCUUUCAGAACAAUGUUUGGAUCUGAUUGGCCGGUAUGUACUAUUGGGGUUGAGGGGGCAUGGGAGAAAUGGAGGGAGGUGGUUAUGAGAUUUUGCUACUUGGCUAGUUUGAGUAGGGAGAACCAGAUUAUGAUUUGGAGUGGCACGGCGAUUAAAGCGUAUAAGAUUGGAGAACAAUUGUGA